AUGGUAGUGGCAGUGCCCCUUCUGAACGUUGGUCUGUGGGGUCUGGGCUGUAACCAAAGCUGUCUCUGUGUGAACGGAGCCUGUGACCCUCUGGACGGCUCCUGCACCUGCUCCUCAGGCUGGAGAGGCCCCCACUGCCAGGAGUCCUGCCCCGUGAGUCCGUCCCCUUUCACUGUCCCCCCUGUCCGUCCCUCUUCUCUGUCCCCCCUGUCUGUCCCUCUUCUCUGUCCCCCCUGUCUGUCCCUCUUCUCUGUCCCCCCUGUCAGUCCCUCUUCUCUGUCCCCCCUGUCUGUCCCUCUUCUCUGUCCCCCCUGUCCGUCCCUUUUCUCUGUCCCCCCUGUCCGUCCCUCUUCUCUGUCCCCCCCUGUCCGUCCCUUUUCUCUGUCCCCCCUGUUCGUCCCUCUUCUCUGUCCCCCCUGUCUGUCCCUCUUCUCUGUCCCCCCUGUCUGUCCCUCUUCUCUGUCCCCCCUGUCUGUCCCUCUUCUCUGUCCCCCCUGUCCGUCCCUCUUCUCGGCCCCGUCCCAACACUCGCACUUCCACCCUCGCGCCCCUCAUUUGCGCGACGGCACCUACGGCCUGGAGUGUCGCGAGCGCUGCGACUGUGGCCACGCAGACGGCUGUGACCCGGUGAGCGGCUUCUGUCGCUGCUACCCCGGCUGGACAGGUACGAUACCGACUCUACCCCGGCUGGACAGGUACGAUACCGACUCUACCCCGGCUGGACAGGUACGAUACCGACUCUACCCCGGCUGGACAGGUACGAUACCGACUCUACCCCGGCUGGACAGGUACGAUACCGACUCUACCCCGGCUGGACAGGUACGAUACCGACUCUACCCCGGCUGGACUGGUACGAUACCGACUCUACCCCGGCUGGACUGGUACGAUACCGACUCUACCCCGGCUGGACAGGUACGAUACCGACUCUACCCCGGCUGGACAGGUACGAUACCGACUCUACCCCGGCUGGACUGGUACGAUACCGACUCUACCCCGGCUAGACAGGUACGAUACCGACUCUACCCCGGCUGGACUGGUACGAUACCGACUCUACCCCGGCUGGACAGGUACGAUACCGACUCUACCCCGGCUGGACUGGUACGAUACCGACUCUACCCCGGCUGGACUGGUACGAUACCGACUCUACCCCGGCUAGACAGGUACGAUACAGACUCUACCCCGGCUGGACAGGUACGAUACCGACUCUACCCCGGCUGGACUGGUACGAUACCGACUCUACCCCGGCUGGACAGGUACGAUACCGACUCUACCCCGGCUGGACAGGUACGAUACCGACUCUACCCCGGCUGGACUGGUACGAUACCGACUCUACCCCGGCUAGACAGGUACGAUACCGACUCUACCCCGGCUGGACUGGUACGAUACCGACUCUACCCCGGCUGGACAGGUACGAUACCGACUCUACCCCGGCUGGACUGGUACGAUACCGACUCUACCCCGGCUGGACUGGUACGAUACCGACUCUACCCCGGCUGGACAGGUACGAUACCGACUCUACCCCGGCUGGACAGGUACGAUACCGACUCUACCCCGGCUGGACAGGUACGAUACCGACUCUACCCCGGCUGGACAGGUACGAUACCGACUCUACCCCGGCUGGACAGGUACGAUACCGACUCUACCCCAGCUGGACUGGUACGAUACCGACUCUACCCCGGCUGGACUGGUACGAUACCGACUCUACUCCGGCUGGACAGGUACGAUACCGACUCUACCCCGGCUGGACUGGUACGAUACCGACUCUACCCCGGCUGGACAGGUACGAUACCGACUCUACCCCGGCUGGACAGGUACGAUACCGACUCUACCCCGGCUGGACAGGUACGAUACCGACUCUACCCCGGCUGGACUGGUACGAUACCGACUCUACCCCGGCUGGACAGGUACGAUACCGACUCUACCCCGGCUGGACAGGUACGAUACCGACUCUACCCCGGCUUGACUGGUACGAUACCGACUCUACCCCGGCUGGACUGGUACGAUACCGACUCUACCCCGGCUGGACAGGUACGAUACCGACUCUACCCCGGCUGGACUGGUACGAUACCGACUCUACCCCGGCUGGACUGGUACGAUACCGACUCUACCCCGGCUAGACAGGUACGAUACAGACUCUACCCCGGCUGGACAGGUACGAUACCGACUCUACCCCGGCUGGACAGGUACGAUACCGACUCUACCCGGCUGGACAGGUACGAUACCGACUCUACCCCGGCUGGACAGGUACGAUACCGACUCUACCCCUGGCUGGACAGGUACGAUACCGACUCUACCCCGGCUGGACAGGUACGAUACCGACUCUACCCCGGCUGGACAGGUACGAUACCGACUCUACCCCAGCUGGACUGGUACGAUACCGACUCUACCCCGGCUGGACUGGUACGAUACCGACUCUACUCCGGCUGGACAGGUACGAUACCGACUCUACCCCGGCUGGACAGGUACGAUACCGACUCUACCCCCCGGCUGGACAGGUACGAUACCGACUCUACCCCGGCUGGACAGGUACGAUACCGACUCUACCCCAGCUGGACUGGUACGAUACCGACUCUACCCCGGCUGGACUGGUACGAUACCGACUCUACUCCGGCUGGACAGGUACGAUACCGACUCUACCCCGGCUGGACUGGUACGAUACCGACUCUACCCCGGCUGGACAGGUACGAUACCGACUCUACCCCGGCUGGACAGGUACGAUACCGACUCUACCCCGGCUGGACAGGUACGAUACCGACUCUACCCCGGCUGGACUGGUACGAUACCGACUCUACCCCGGCUGGACAGGUACGAUACCGACUCUACCCCGGCUGGACAGGUACGAUACCGACUCUACCCCGGCUUGACUGGUACGAUACCGACUCUACCCCGGCUGGACAGGUACGAUACCGACUCUACCCCGGCUUGACUGGUACGAUACCGACUCUACCCCGGCUGGACUGGUACGAUACCGACUCUACCCCGGCUGGACAGGUACGAUACCGACUCUACCCCGGCUGGACAGGUACGAUACCGACUCUACCCCGGCUGGACUGGUACGAUACCGACUCUACCCCGGCUGGACAGUUUUGA